AUGCCUAGUAGGCAGAAGAAAGUGUUGUUCUCUCUGGCUGGUGUGCUGAGUUUUGCCUGUGUGUUGAUCGUAGCUGUGGCUAUGGGAGGUAGGAACUGGGUGAAGGCGACUGUGUUGUGUAAAACAGGCGCUCAGCUGGUUAAUGCCACUGGAUCGGAGCUGGAUAAAUUCAUCGGGAGCUUAAACUAUGGCCUCUUUCACGGACAGAGGCUGAAACAGUGUGGACUGGGAGGAAGACCUUUCUCCUUCUCUUUUUUUCCCGACCUGGUGGAUGUGAUCCCAGCUAGUCUACAUGUGAGUGUCAUCAUCUUCUGUGCAGUGCUCAUCCUCUUCUCGUCUGUGUGUUCUGCCUUCUUCAUGUACAAUGCUUUUGGAAAACCAUAUGAGACACUGCAUGGACCUUUAGGCCUUUACCUAUUGUCUGCUUGUGCAGGUCUGUGCAGCUGUCUCAUCCUAAUCCUUUAUGCAUCUGAGGUCAAACUGCAUCACCUGUCUGAGAAGAUUGCGAAUUACAAAGAGAGUACUUUUGUCUACAAGACACACAGUGAGACGUUUGACUGCACUUUCUGGCUCAUAUUCAUAGUUUUCCUUGUGCAUGGCCUUAACAUCCUUCUGAUCCGCCUAGCUGGCAUCCAGUUUCCCUUUCAGGAGGCCAAAGAGUCAGAUGCCAACACGGGUGCAGCAGAUCUCAUGUACUGACCAGCUCUAUUGUCUGGUAACCACCCCCUGGAUGUGACAUCCUACCACAGCUAUUAGCGCUCCACAAUUGGAGUCUCGCAUCUUGCGCCAUCUGUUGUUCUGAUUUGUUUACAGCUGAAUAGAUGCCUCAUCCGAGCCUUUUUAGUUGCAUCUUUUCACUUUCAGAAGAGGAACCGACUUGGAAAUGGUCCUGGCUGUGUGUAAGAGAGAUGAGCCUUCUGUCAUUGUGGGGAGGCUAGUGGAGGGACCCAGUCUUUCAGCUGGACUCCUGAUUAUGCAUUCUGUUAACUGCCAUCUCAA